CUUGCACACACGGCUGCCUCAAGCUGCUGUCCGACGGGAAAAUACGGAACACAAGUUCAAAUGGAGCCCAAACAGAAGUUGAUAAACUCAGCAGACAGCUGUGUGGACGAGGCUCUCUGCGGCCUCGUGAGGGCCAGUGGGGGCCUGUCUCUGCUGAAGGGCCACAGAGUGGUGCUUCGGUCUGACCUGGACAACCUGAGAGGCAAAGUGGCCCUGCUGUCAGGAGGAGGGUCAGGACACGAGCCGGCACACGGGGGUUAUCUCGGGGCAGGUAUGCUGUCGGCAGCUGUAGCAGGUGGAGUAUUUGCCUCUCCACCUCCUGCCAGCAUCCUGGCUGCCAUUCUGUGCUUGCACAACGCAGGAGCCUCCGGAGUCCUUCUCAUUGUCAAGAACUACACCGGUGACCGCCUCAACUUUGGCUUAGCCGCAGAGCAGGCUCGUAACCACGGCGUCACUGUUGACAUGGUGAUAGUUGCUGAGGACUGUGCCUUUGACCAACCCAGUAAGGCCGGGAGGAGAGGCUUGUGUGGCACCGUCUUCAUACACAAGCUGGCAGGUGCCUUAGCAGAAGAAGGCUGCUCAUUGGACCAGAUCGUUUCCAAGGUGACAGAGGUUUUGAAGGGGAUCGGUACACUGGGGGUGAGUCUGUCUCCGUGCAGCGUUCCAGGCUGCCUGCCGUCUUUCGACCUGCCGCCGGGAGACAUGGAGCUGGGACUGGGAAUCCACGGUGAACCUGGAAUCAAAAGGUCAAAGGUGGCGUCUGCAGAUGAGGUGGUGAAGACCAUGAUCGAUCACAUGACCAACCCUAACAGCCAGUCACAUCUGCCUCUUAAGUCAGGAGACAGCGUGGUUGUGUGCGUGAACAACCUCGGAGCUCUGUCUUGUCUGGAAAUGGCUGUGGUCACUAGAGCAGCCAUCAGCUGUCUGGAGAGUCGCGGUGUAGUGGUUGCCAGGGUGAUGUCGGGGUCCUUCAUGACAUCACUGGAGAUGGCAGGAGUGUCACUGACCCUGAUGAAGGCCGACCAGGAAACACUGAGACUGUUUGAUGCUAAAACCAGCGCCCCCGCUUGGCCAAACCUCAGCACUGUGCGUGUUAGCGGACGCAGCUACAUGACAGACCCUCCAGCUGUGAGCACACGGCCACAGGACGACACACACUCCCAAGGGCCACUGAGUGCUGUGAUGCGUAAAGCCUUAGAGAGGAUUUGCUCCACACUGUUGGAAAAGCAGGAAGAGCUCAACGCCCUGGACCGAGCUGCAGGCGACGGCGACUGUGGGAACACUCACGCACAGGCUGCUAAAGCCAUUCAGGAGUGGCUCAAGGAUCACGUGGUCCCUGGUUGCCCCGGGCAACUGUUAUCAGUCCUCGAUGGAUUGGUGCAGGAGAAGAUGGGCGGCUCCUCAGGAGCGCUAUACAGUCUGUUCCUGACGGCAGCAGCUGGUCAUGUGACUGAGGGGCGGAGCAACGCUGCAGCCUGGGCUAGAGCAAUGCAUGCUGGGACACAGGCGAUGAGGAGAUAUGGUGGUGCUGACCCUGGAGACAGAACAAUGCUGGAUGCUUUGUGUCCAGCUGUGGAUGAGCUGAUGACGCUAACAGCAGCACCACCCGGGGGACAGAUGGCUGUACUACAGGCUGCUGUGCAGAAAGCGGCCUUGGGUGCAGAGUCGACCCGUAACCUCACAGCGAAGGCAGGGCGAGCCAGCUACAUCGCAGCAGAGCGGGUCAAUCUGCCUGACCCGGGUGCCGUCGCUGUUGCCGCCAUCCUUAAAGCCGUGCUGGAGUCGCUGGAAGGGCAGAAGUAAUUCAGCAAAAAGUGUCAGGGCAGAUUAUUAUUACUGUCACCAGACUAAUGGUAUUGAAAAAUGAAAAACUGUGAUUUUGACUUCUUUAAAACAAAUUUCUAAAAGUAAUUUUCAAUAUCGUACAUAAAAUAAAAUAACAAUGACAAGGUCAGGGAAGACAAACUCUAUCUAAGAGCUGUCAGUAUACUUUGGAAAACUAUUAGCAAUAAUGUAAAGUAUACUCAAGAUUUACAAAAUGGUCAGAAACAGGGAAAAAAACACCAGUAUGGUCCUUUAAAUUAGAUUAUAAAGGAUAGAAAUACUGUAAAUUCAAUCACAGUUUAGCAAGACAUGAAUGGAUAAGUGUUAUUACUGACUGAAAUUAUUAUUUAGUCCUCUUGGAGCUGGAGAGUUUUGUAUAUGUCAGUAUUUUAACAUUCCUUGUGAGCACUAAUGACACCUUGACUGAACACCUUUCGAGUGAGUUUUCAAAUGAAAGGAGCACUCUUACAGACGAGGGACUUGAAAGGGACAAAUUUAAAAAACAAUUGUCAAAAGUGAAGCAACAGAGUCCACUUCACCGGCUAAGGGACCUGUUAGCCUGCGAUUAAGGGAGUGCUUGGAAGCUGUCAGUCUGGAACCAAGGGAGGUGUUAGCUUGGGAUGAAGGGGGGCAUUAGCUUGGGGCUAAGGAAGGGUUUAGCCUGGGCCUAAGGAAGCUGUUAGCCUGGGAUCAAGGGACCUGUUAGCCUGCGAUGAAGGGAACUCUUAGCAGGGGGCUAAAGGAGCGGUUAACCAGGGGCUAAGGCAGGUGCUAGUCUGAAACUAAGGGAGCUCUUAGCUGGGGGCUAAGGAAGCUGUCAGUUUGAAACCAAGGGAAAUGUUAGCUUGGGAUGAAGGGGGCCAUUAGCUGGUGCUGAAAGCCUGGGGCUAAGGGAGCUCUUAGCCAGUGGCUAAGGAAGCUGUCAGUCUGGAACCAAUGGAAAUGUUAGCUUUGGGCUAAGGAAGCCAUUAGCUGGUGCUAAGAAAGCUGUUAGCCUGGGACCAAGGGACCUGUUAGCUUGCAAUUAAGGGAGCUCUAAACUGGGGGCUAAGGCAGGUGUUAGUCUGGAGCGAAAAGAGGUGUUAGCUUGGGAUGAAGGGGGGCAUUAGCCUGGGUCUAAGAAAGCUGUUAGCCUGGGACCAAGGGACCUGUUAGCGUGCGACUAAGGGAACUUUUAGCAAAGGGCUAAGGGAGGUGUUAGUCUGGAGCAAAGGGAGGUGUUAGCUUAGGACGCAGGGGGCCAUUAGCCUGUGACUAAGAGAACUGAGCCUGGAGCUAAUGGAGCUCUUAGCUGGGGCUAAGGGAGCUGUUAACCUUGGGCUAAUGGAGCUGUCUUAGUUUGCAACUAAGGGAGCUCUUAGCAAGGGGCUAAGAAACCUUUCACAUUGACACAAUCCUGCCACAUUCCAAAGUGGGCUAACCCUGACUUUAGCCUGGUCCUGCUCCGAAACAGGCUUAGCCUCAAGUUUUGCCUGUCUGAAACUGAUUUAAUGGACUUUUUGUCACGUUUUUGUUGUCCAAUUACAUGACUUCUUUGUUACGUCAUCAGCACGAGUAUGCUUUAGGUUUACAUUGUAACCAUGGUAUAUACUGCUAAUUGAAACUGUAGGUACCUAGCAAGCUAGCUAGCUUAGAGCAUCAACAUUAACAGUAACAUCUUCUUUUCAGAUUUUCCUUUCUCUGCUCUUCUCUCUCUUUUUGUCCCAAGUCCUAAACUCUGAGUUUCGAGUCCCAAACAAGUCAUAAAGGGCUCUUCACCAAAUUUAAUGCCAAAAUAUAAUAAUGUUUUUUUCAUGUCAAAACCGUUUUUAAGUAAAAUACUUUAAAAUCUUUGGGCCUGGGGGAAGGUAUCAAGUAUUAUCAAAUCCAAUAGCUCAAGUCUAAGUGAGGUCACGAGCUGCAGAUCUUUUUUGUUUGUUUGUAGAGUCUAAGGUCAUCAAAUUUAGAACUUGAGUUUGACUCAUGUCCAAGUCAUGUCACUCGGGUCCACACCUCUGGUUUACAGUGUGUGUGUAUGUGUGUGAAAAGCCGGAGGAAUUCUCUACAUCUCUAUUCGCUAUAGCCCACAUUUCCCAUAAUACAACUUGAUAGCGUGUUUCAUUAGACCCUCCCUGUCUGGUAAACACCCACACUGUUCAAACUGCUAGUUUCCUUUCUCCUCAAGAUGAACAAACUGAUCUCUAGGUGUAAAAAGUGUGCUCCUUCAAGACCGUUAUAAUCAGAUUCAUAUGAUUAAUCGUUCAUGUUCCACUGUGUAGAAAUGCUGUACAUGGAUUCAACUGCACUUCUCUGAUACAACUGUAUUAAUUAUAAUAAAAUAACUGUUACACUGUGUAUAACAGUAUAUGGUACACUAACAAA